AUGGAAAUCGAUACAAACCUCUUUCCAGACCACCAUCUCAAUAAGACUAAGGAGGAGGAGAAAUUACGCCAGGAGACCACAGACCGCCUUAUGAAGGAAUUUACCUCCAUCUAUAAACAACAUCAGUGGAACAAAGACAAUGAUGAUGACGUCCCUGCUACUCUAUUUUACUGGUCCUUGAGCAAACAGCAGAGGGCCAGGACAAAUUUAGAAAGACCAAUGAAUGAUGGAUUUAUGUGCAGCAGUGAAAGAAAUAUGUCGAACUGGGUCCUUCAAUUUGGAGAGGGAUAUAUGAAUAUUCUAUGGGAGUAUAAUAACAAGGAUCUUUUCUGCCUUUACGUUGGGAAAUCAAUAAAUCUGAAAAACCGAAUUACUGAUCACCAAAAUCAAUUAUUUCGAAGACGCCAAAAAAGCCUCCAUUAA